GCUUUUUGUACUACUACCUUUCUUAUUUGUAACAUUUCCUUGUCUAUCCUGUCCUCUAAUUUUAACAGUUCCCCUAGAAAGUUCUGAAGAUGGGUGGCAUUGCCUUCGGACGUUUGGAUGAUUCUUUCAGUUUAAGCUCAAUCAAGGCCUAUAUUGCUGAGUUCCAUUCAACCUUGCUCUUUGUUUUUGCCGGUGUUGGUUCAGCCAUAGCCUAUGGUAAGUUGACAUCAGAUGCAGCACUCGAUCCUGCUGGGUUACUGGCAGUUGCUAUUUGCCACGGUUUUGCACUUUUUGUUGCAGUUUCUGUUGGUGCCAACAUCUCUGGUGGCCAUGUCAACCCUGCUGUGACUUUUGGAUUGGCUCUUGGUGGCCACAUCACCAUCCUCACAGGCAUAUUCUACUGGAUUGCACAGCUUCUUGGCUCCAUUGUGGCCUGUUUUCUUCUCAGCUAUGUCACAGGAGGUUUGGCAAUUCCAGUUCACAGUGUGGCUUCUGGGGUUGGAGUUGUUGAAGGAGUUGUUACAGAGAUCAUAAUCACAUUUGGUUUGGUGUACACUGUAUACGCCACAGCAGCUGAUCCUAAGAAGGGUUCGUUGGGCACGAUUGCACCCAUUGCCAUUGGUUUCAUUGUUGGUGCGAACAUCUUGGCAGCAGGGCCAUUCUCAGGUGGCUCAAUGAACCCUGCACGCUCCUUUGGCCCUGCAGUUGUGAGUGGUGACUUCCAUGACAACUGGAUCUACUGGGUCGGACCUCUUGUCGGUGGUGGUUUGGCUGGCCUCAUCUAUGGCAAUGUCUUCAUUCGCUCUGACCAUGCACCUCUUUCCACUGAAUUUUGACUCCAUUGGGAGAUCAUGGCCUCUGUAAUAUUCAUGUUUCUUCAUAAUAAAAGUAGGAUAAGCAAUUCUUGCUUUUCUUGCUUUUUCUAGUGUAUGUUUUUCCUUCUUGUAAUUUAUUUGUAAAGUGUGCUACUGUUUAAUUUGGUGAGAAUUCAAAGAGGUUGGUGGUGUGC